AUGUCAUCGGCAAGAUGCCAGCAAAAUCGCAUGAAAUCAAUUAUUGGGAACUCCUAUAACAAGUUGUACUGUCAGUUUACAGCUGAAGAACUAAGUGAAGUUGGAAAUUACAAAAUUAUGAAGCAGAUUGGUGAGGGAAGUUUUGGUAAAGUUUAUUUGGCCUCUCAUAAACCAACGCAUCGGAAAGUUGUGCUCAAAACAAGCGAUAAAAAUGAUCCCAAUGUAGUCCGUGAAGUGUUUUAUCAUCGACAGUUUGACUAUUUGUACAUAACAAGGCUUUAUGAGGUUAUUGUUACGGAGACUAAGGUUUGGAUGGCGUUGGAAUAUUGUCCAGGGAAAGAACUGUACGAACAUUUGCUUGCAUUGAAGAGAAUCUCACUUGAUGAAUGUUCUAGGCUUUUUGCACAAAUUGUUGGUGCCAUUUAUUACGCACAUUCUCUGAACUGUGUUCACCGAGAUUUGAAAUUGGAGAAUAUUCUUCUGGAUAAGAAGGGAAAUGCCAAAUUGACUGAUUUCGGUUUCACUCGCGAAUGCGUUUCUAAAAGUCAAUUGGAUACAAUAUGUGGUACCACGGUUUACAUGGCGCCAGAGUUGACUGAAAGGAAGAGUUAUGAUGGGUUUAAGAUUGACAUUUGGGCCCUAGGUGUGAUUCUUUAUACGAUGAUCAAUGGUUCGAUGCCCUUUGACGAGGACGAUGAGGCCAAGACAAAGUGGAAGAUAGUCAAUGAAAUGCCCGAGAUAAAUGAAGAUCUGGUUAGUCCCGACGCGAAGGAUCUCAUAGAGCAGUUGUUGGCAAAGGAUCCCAAUGAACGACCCUCUAUUGAAAAGAUUCUAACACAUCCUUUCCUUCAGCCUUACGGCAUUCCGUUGAUGGAGAAGACUCAAAAGAUUCUGCGAAAGCAAAGACGAGGAUCAGUUCAUUUCCAUUCUAAAUUGGAGAGGAAACUUCUAAAGAGGCUAAAACAAAUGGGGUUUGAUACUCAGUCGAUGAAAGCUUCGGUUCAGAAGAAAAAAUGUGAUGCACUUUCAGGUCUAUGGCUUUUACUUGUUGAACGAGAAUUGGCUUUAGAGAAACAGGAACGUCCUCGGAGAAGCAGAUCGGUUCUAUCAGUAAGGAAAGUCUUCGAUAAUUCCUUAGUAAGUGUGGAAUCUAAAGGCUCAAAUGACAAAUCACUCGGGCAGCAAUUGGACUCCAAGAUAACUGCACCACUCAAUAGGAUUUUGAGCAAGAAAAGUGAAACUCCCUCUCUUGUCUCCCCAUCGCCGAAAAAGUCGCCUUGGGAGCCACUCAUAGUUGACCGGAUGACCACGUUCAAUUCUAAUCAAGGUGCGGAAGGCACUUCAACCGGAACUUCAACUCCCAAAAAACGGAACAUCUUCAGCAAGGUAUCGAAGUUCUUCAAGCAAAAGCGCAUAAACAGUGCUGCCGCUAAUAUCACAAACAUGAAGGGCGAAGAAUCCGCCAAGAGCCGAAGUAUUUCAAGUUCUGAGUCGAUUAAAGAUAAAGAAAACUUGGAAAAGAAGAGGAUCAACAGAUCUGAAUCUCUUCGAUCUACAUCGAAGGAAUCCAACGGAUCAACCGCUGACCACGAUACGAAGCAGCUAGGUCGAGAUCUAGCCUUUGAUGGCACUGGUGAUAAGCCUCAGAGGAAAUCAGAACGACAGCCGCGUCAACUAAAACGUCUAAAGUCGACGACGUCCAGUGAAAUAUCGGGUCAAACCUCGGAGAUAGCAAGCAAUAAUCACAGAUCUUCGUUCACUGAAAACACAAAUUCCCAGCCUUUGAAAAAUACCAGGCCAAUAUCAGUUGUUUCACAGCACUCGGAGAUUUCGAACGAAACGUUCAACUCUGAGUACUCAACGGACUACAAUAAUUCGUCUUUCAGAGCCUCUGAUUCUGCCAAGUCGAGCAUUCCUCACGCUAAUGCUGGUGGUGUCUCUCAAUAUUCUACCGGUAGUGAAAAGACUAAUCUAAGUUACAGUCAAAAGUUUGCUGUUAGAGACUUGAGUAUCAUGUCCAGUGCAUCGAGCGCCUCAGAAAGAAGCUCCCGAACAGAUUCGUUCUACGACAUAACGACAGCAUCAUCCCCAAUGAUGGAUGUACGAAAUAUUAAUCGUGCGCAAAUAAAGGACUCUAUACUCCCACGUUUUGGAGCUCAGAGUCAUAGACUGCCGAAGAGAGGCCAUCGUCGUUUUACCUUAGGAAGGAGAACGCACGGUAAGGAUUUUAUGAAGCACGCUCCAGGCCAUCAUCAAUCUAUAAUCCAGGAAGAAAGCUCCUCUGGUGGUGACGAUGAAAAGCAUGCGGUUGACAAUGGGCCACUAACUGGAGGACUAACAUUAGAGGAAGAUGAGGAAUUAGCGAUUCAUAGUGACACCGAGACGCCAGGCGCAAUUACAGGCCCAGCAAAGCUUCACUACGCAGAUAACCCACGAGGUUUUACGUUCUCAAGGUCUCUCAGCGAGGGAAGUGAAUGGUCUCGUAGCUUUUUAGAACUUCGCCAUGAGCGGAAAACGAAACCGAAAGCUCCUGAUGAUGACGAAGCACUAAUAAUGACCGAUAAUGACGGCAACUCGUCUGCGUAG